AUGAGUGACGAUGAUUCAUGGAAGUUUUCCCAAUGUUUCGGUGAUAAAGGAGAUAUUGAGAAUUUAACCGAAGCUGAUAUCAUUUCAACCGUUGAAUUCAAUCAUGAUGGGAAUUUCCUUGCUACUGGUGAUAAAGGUGGUAGAGUUGUUUUAUUUGAAAGAAAUCAUUCAAAGAAAAAUGUAUGUGAAUAUAAAUUUUUUACAGAAUUCCAAAGUCAUGAUGCAGAAUUUGAUUAUUUAAAAUCAUUAGAGAUUGAAGAAAAGAUUAAUAAAAUCAAAUGGAUUAAAGAUUUCAAUAAUUCAUUAUAUUUAUUAUCAACCAAUGAUAAAACCAUUAAAUUAUGGAAAAUUAUGGAAAGACAAGUUAAAUUAGUUUCAGAGAAUAAUUUAAAUGGUAAUGAUCAUUUAUCAUCAUCAAUGACAAAUUUAUCCAACUUAAAAUUACCAAAAUUAACAUUACAUGAUAAAUUAAUUAGUGCUCAACCGAAAAAAAUUUAUAGUAAUGCUCAUGCUUAUCAUAUCAAUUCCAUCAGUGUUAAUUCCGAUCAAGAAACUUACAUAAGUAGUGAUGAUUUAAGAAUUAAUUUAUGGAAUUUAAAUAUUAGUGAUCAAAGUUUUAAUAUUGUUGAUAUUAAACCAGCUAAUAUGGAAGAAUUAACUGAAGUUAUAACUUCAGCAGAAUUUCAUCCUCAACAAUGUAAUUUAUUCAUGUAUUCAUCAUCAAAAGGUACAAUCAAAUUAAACGAUAUGAGAUCAAAUUCUUUAUGUGAUACUCAUGCUAAAAUUUUUGAAGAAUAUGUUGACCCUGCAUCUCAUAAUUUCUUUACCGAAAUUACAAGUUCAAUAUCUGAUGUUAAAUUCAGUCAUGAUGGGAAAUAUUUAGUUUCAAGAGAUUAUAUGACAAUUAAAAUUUGGGAUUUAGCAAUGGAAUCAAAACCUUUAAAAACGAUUAAAGUUCAUGAACAUUUAAGUGAUAGAUUAUGUGAUACUUAUGAAAAUGAUGCUAUUUUUGAUAAAUUUGAAGUUCAAUUUGGUCCUGAUAAUAAAUCAAUAAUGACAGGUUCUUAUAAUAAUAAUUUUAUGAUUUAUCCUGAUGUUGUUAAUUCUAAUUUUAAUAGUAAUUUAAAAUCCAUGAAACCUAUUAAAUUAAAAAGGAAGAAAAGAAAUAAUGAUAAUAAUGAUGAUAAUGAUGAUAUUAAUGAUUUAAAGAAUGAUCAUAUUAAAAACAGAAAUCAUGACGAUGAUGAUGAUGAAGAUGAUGAAGAUGAUGAAAUUUCAAAUAAUUCUUCUCCAAAUGUUGAAGGUUCUUUCCCACAAUCUCCAAUUAGUUCACAGUAUGAUGAUGAAGAUCAAGAAGAGAUCAUUUUAACUGCUGAUAAAUCAGCUUUUAAAACAAGAAAAAUGGGUUCUAAUAAUGGUUUAAUGAGACGUAGAAUGAUAAAUGAUAAUUUUGAUUUAUCCCAAAAUUUCGAUAAUAUUGAUUUCAAAAAGAGUAUACUUCAUUUAUCAUGGCAUCCUCAGGAGAAUUCCGUUGCCAUAGCAGCAACGAAUAACUUAUUCAUAUUUUCCACUCUUUAA